UGAUUGUCGGGGCGGCGCGCGGCGGUCCCAGGUGUGUCCCCAAAAGGUGAUCGUGCGGCGUCCGCGCGGAGAUGGCACAUAGAGGAGAUCAGGUGGAGUCCGAGAUUAUCCGAGAACGUCGUCCCCGUCGCUGCCGUCGUCGAGCCUCGACGUUCCCGGAUUCGUCGCGCGAGUUCUCGCAGAGUUCCUCGCACGGGGUUCACGAUCCCGGGCACGUACGUCGUCUCCGUCGGCUGCCGUGGCCGACGCGAGCAUCGAAGUGUUCACCCCACCGACGAGGAAGCCACGCGCGUCCGGCAGGCCGACGAGCCCUUCUCGAGACGAUUAACGCGGCGCGGCGCCCGUACUCAGCCGUACUGGCCCGUACCCCCAGGGGACGAGCGAACGCUCGGAACAGGCACGGUGACAGAGCGAUAGGUAGAACCAGGGUUCUUGGAACCAGGCCCCUAGCGAAGCUGAGUCGAGCUGAACGAGAUGGAGAAGACGAGAACGAGCUAGGCGAACAUGGGCAGUGGGCACGGGGCGGCACGGGGCGGCACGGGCGAGUCUUCGACUUGCUUCGACUCUCGCGGAAUCUUGAUGCUGCUGCUACUGCGCCUGCUGCUGCUGCUGCUGCUGCUGCCGAUGCUGCCGUCGAUAUCAUAGGCUGGACGCUGUUGUGUUUGUGCAAGCCGCAAGGCGCGUGCGGCGAUGCGACGUUAUCGACCACUCGCCUUUUGGCUCCCGUCCGCAGAACGCGACGGGGCCCGCAGCCCCGAUGGGCGCGGGGCUUGGAACUUUUCGUUCGGUUCGGAAUUAUUCCAUUUUCUCUGGAAAACACGAUAGAAAUGUAGGAAAUAGCUAAACAAUUCCGAUCGGGAUCCAUAAAUAAAUAUCCCAAACGUUACCACCCGAGGCGCGUUUCCAAUGACUAUUUCUCUCGCGAACGGGUGCCUAGAUCAGAAAUUCAUAUAGCUUCCUCGCGAGACACGCGCGAAGUUGGCGUUUAACAAUUAAUUGCAAAACAUUUUUUACGACCUUUUCUACUGUGUUUUGUAACUACUUUAUUGUAAUAUCUUUACAACGUUCUCUAGUCAGCCUAGUCGCAAUCUUGUUGGAAUAUCUUACGAUCAACUCGUAUUUCUUCUAAUAUUACGGCCACAGCCCGUGAGACUGUAAUAAUAUCGUCACAACCUUGAUAUAAUUCUUCCUUUUGUCUCCCUACGCCCUACGAUGCGCAUACAUCGCGAUGUACCUAAUAUAGUCCGUAAAGAUUACCUCAAUUGCAUUUUUAAACUUUUAUCGCAAUUUGGUCGCAACCUUGCCGGGAUUUUGCAAACACCUUACAUUUCGUCUUCCCGAAAUGUUUCCAGGCAACAUAAUAUCGCGCCGCAAUUAAUUCGUAAGAUUAUUGUCCGCGAUGCGGCGGACGAUAACGACGAUUUCGCAGAUUGCAUCGCGCGUGUUCCGAAAGCAUCCCUCCGCUCGCGAACGCACGCAAGCCAACACGAGGCUCCGACGCUCCGACGACGCGGAGGCGGAGGUUCAAAAGACGUACGUCGCGCGACAUCCAAGAAGCGUCCCCGACCCCCGUUCGCGACAUUUUCGGAGGAUUCGUCUCAGACCUCGACCUUCGGGAAAAAAUCUCGGAUGCCCGCUCGUCUCGCUCCAACUGCUCUGAAAAUAUGGCAACGUGAUCGUCGCGAUUGUUAGCCGCUGUUUUUACGAUGGACGUGAGCGUUGGGGACAACGACGACGUGUCCUUCCGCCUGGGAGAGAUGUUUGACAGCUACGAGGAGCUAGAGCACAAGUUGGACAGAGUCUCGAAACAUACCCUGGUGCAUUACUGGAGACGAGACAGUAGAACCGUGAGUGGGGCUCAUAUGAAAACUGCACGACCGAUCAGCGAGCGAUUGAAGUAUUAUUCUGUUAAAUAUGCGUGUAUCUACGGUGGCCAAAAGUUUCUCCCACGUGGCGCUGGCAGAAGACAAUCUCAAUCCAUACGGACAAAUUGUCCUGCUCACAUUAUGGUCAGGGCGUCUAAAGAUGGUACAAAGCUGGAAGUGACCAGUGUCAAUAAUGAACACAAUCACGAAAUCUCAGAGGAUCUAUUCAAGAGACUUCCUCAGGAGAGAAAGCUCUGCGGUGAAAUUAAGCAAGAGGUACAAGAUCUCAUGCAGUUGCAUAUUGAUCGUAAGCGAUUGAAAGAGUACGUGCGCGUACGCACCAAUAAGGUACUGCGGUCCAAAGACUUGUUUAACAUAGCAGCAGCUAAUAAACAGAAAAAAGAUAUCACACCAGAACGAGCGUAUCAAUUGUUUGAGAAAAUUCGUAAUAUCGAAAAGAUGCAGGCCAGGGGUGGUAGUAGAAAAAUGUAUUCCGAAUCUGAGGACGAAAUGGCGCAGACCAUAAAAAGAAUGAAGAAAGAGCAAGAAUCUGCCUGGGGUCAAGACGGACUGUCGCCCGAGUUAGAAGUGAGCGAGGGAAACGACGGCGAAGAUUCUUACAGCGGUCAACUGACGCAGGAAGAGGUGGUCGAUGAGAUCGAUACGAACGAGGGCGAAUUAUUGACAACGAAUAAUGAAGGCAACAUAAUAGCGACCGACGGAGAAAUAGUAGGCGAGCUGGUAAUGGAGAACGGCGAUCCGUCGGUGAUAGUCGAGUCUAUCGUCAACGCCGACGGGUCGGUGUUUGUCGACGAGAGAGAAUUCAACAGCUACUGCAACAAUCACUUGUCAAACGCGGUAGACGACAGCCAAUCGCCGAAGCAACGUGUUCUAGAUAUAGAAACGAUUACCUCCACCACUACUAUCGAGAAAAUCACGAAGGAAACGUCCACCUCGCCCAAUCACAAAUCGCAAACCGACUCUUUGAUGCUUGAACAAUCACCAAAGUCAUCCGGUAGUUUCCAAGAAACAGAUUCGAGAAUUUGGAUCGUGAAGGAGGGUACUUGUGUGGAAACGGAACCGGAAAGCGGACCCGAGAGCGAGACGAAUGUGGAAACCAAGCCGGCCUUGACAAAGCCGGACGUGGAGACAGCUGAAGCUGUACUGUCUGACGAAACGAGCCAUCAACUGCUUCAAGAGCAACUUGCGGUGUUACGCGCCGAGAAGGGGAAGCUGUAUCACGAGACUGAGAUGCUGAAACUGAAGAAGGACAAGCUGAAGCUGCAAAUUAAUUGUUACUCGAACGAAAUAAAGAAGCAGGAGAUGGAGAGGGAGAAGCUGAGACUCGAGAUCAAGCUGCUUCAAUCCAAAGUAAUGGAAGACACCAACGAUGUAUCCCACUACAUCUUUGUGCCCUAAACUCCCUGACUCUGGUCUAAAGUGAUUGUAAAUAAUGUCUUGUAUUGUUUAACGAAAUUCACUUUCUGUAAAUAUAACGGACAUCGGUUGUAUAUACACAGAUAUUGGUCGGUUAUUGAAAUGACGAAAUGUUACUCUUGUUGGAAGCACAAAAUAAGAUAUGCGAUGGAUAACAUGUAUAAUUGUAUAGAAAUACCAAUUUUAUUACUGA